AGCUGUCGAUCACACGGUGCCAGGUUUCCAUAGUUUUCAUUGGCUGGAUGAGCGAGGAGCCUUGGCGGUUGUCUGGACAUGGCAGACGUUGGAGGCUGGCAGCCGCCUCGGCCCUGCGAGGCCUACCGCGCGGAGUGGGAGCUCUGUCGCAGCACCUGGCACUUCCUCCACCACUACUAUGUGUACGGCCAGCGGCCAGCCUGCCAGCAGUGGCUGCGCGACCUGCUCAACUGCCGGGACUGGGAGCAGCGCCGCAGCGCCGAGGCCCAGCGAUCCCUCUGUGAGAGUGAACAGGCACGGGUCCAGGCACGGAAGCACACCCUGGUAUGGACCCUGAGGCAGAGUCCCCCUGCAGACUGGCACCUCCCUCUACCACAGGAGAAGGACGAAUGAUGGGUGACAAGCAGCUGCGACCCUGCCCUUGGCCUGUACAUCUUCCUCAAGUCUCUUUCUUGCAGGGCUGUUGCACAGCUUUAUGGACUUUGACUAGCCCAGUCUAAUGGAUCUCAGUGAGCUCCUGCUUGACUUGGAACACAGCAAGACAUUUCCAGGUCUAACUGCCCACUGCUCACCUGUAUCAGGGCAUCUCAUCACUGAUACUCUGAAAGGCAACUGUGUCCACAGUUACAGGAAGCUAAGCAUUAUGGCAAGUCUCUGUGAGCACCAGGUCAGUCUAUCUUGUCCAUUCCACCACCUCUGGGAACAACCACACCAGAGGUGGCAGUCCUGAGGUAUAGGAAUCUACACUUGAGUGGUAGCCUGACCUUGUGGAUGCAUGGUGGUGGUAGGUUGGUCAGAAGAAGGUGGCUAAGCAGUUCUGCUGUGAAUGGGUCUUCUUCACCAUGAGAAAUGGGUCACCAUGUCUUGGGGCUGAUGAUUACAGUGUAAUCCAAGCAUGGGGUUCAUACUUCUUAGCUCCCGCAGAUACAGGGAAGGCAUACUCAGUGGGCAGGGCAACUUGCCUUUCUGCACCAGCACCUGUUACUGCUCUUGGAAACCGCAUUUUAAAGAAAUGCAUAGCUACAGAACACAUUCUAUUACAGGAAUCACAGAGUCUAGACUCAAGAAAUCAAAGUCCAAAGGCAGGGGGUGUGGGACACUUCAAGUCUAAGUAAGAUGGGGUUGAGGUCUCCUAAUUUCUCAUAGUUUUUAUUGUAUCAAGAAUCAUGUUUGAUUCCCAAUACAAGCUGAAAUUUAAAUCCACAUUUGUUAGACUUUAUACCUAACAAAGCUAUGCUCAGACAGCGUAUUUUGUUCUUUUGUAUUGUUUAUAUAAUGUAGUCUCUAUCUCUCUUCCCCUCCCUCAUUCCCUAUCUAUCUAUCUAUCUAUGAUCUAUCAACCAUCAAUCGAUUGAUCUAUAUUAUGAGCCACCAAGACCAUUAGUUUUUGAACAGGUCCCUUUAUUACUAAUAAGAUGAUUAAAUAUCUGCUGGCCUAUGUGAUGCCCAGCAUGCUCCCAGCUCCCUGCUCCCUUCCUGGCCACAAGCGUUAGGUUAUACAUCUUUCAGGCAAAAUUAUUGAUCAUUUCAGAAAGGCACAUUAUAGAAUAAAAUGUCCCUCACGUGUUUUCUUCUGCAUUCUUAUGAAUGAUGCAGGGUUACACGCUUACAGGAUCCCAAGAGUAAAGAAGAGUAUAAAGAAAAGACAGCGUUCCCCUGUUCCAGGGCAAUCUCAUCCAGCUACGGAGUCUUUAGCAUAGCUGUGGCUGGUUUAGGAAUAAGCAUUUCUAGCCAGUGAGGGGAGAGAGACGGUGCUGGAGAUGUAUAAUGGUUUUUUUUCAUUGAGUAUCUGGAAUGGCAGCAAUUACCCUGGGGUCUGGGAUAGAGCUGAACACACAAGUAAAGCCUAGAGAGGCCAACUUCCCACUACACCACACUUCCUGUCACCUGCUUGCUCAAAGCCAUAAGCGAAAACUCAUACACAGCUAGAAUUCUUCUUGUUCCUGUUUGCUCUCUGAACGUUGAGUCCCCCUCUGCAGUGCCAUCAUUGUGUUCUGCCUUCCUUCACUGCUGCAAAUUCCACAUCAACAUAUCUGAAUAGAAUGUUCCUGCAUUUACCCUGGAUUUUCUUUUUCUUUUUUUCAGUGUUGGGAAACAGGCUUAGGGCCUUGUACAUGCUAUGUGCAUGCUGUACCACUGAGCUGUGUCCCCAGACAAGAUCACAGCUUUGAGUCUGACAGAUUGCCUUCUAAAAGUUUCUGUGGUACUUUAAGGGAAAGACAUAAACAUUAAAAAUCAGUAAACAUGAGUCUCUGGUUGGGGAUGUGACAUAACUUGUUCUGCAAGCACAAGGAACCUACGUUUGAUUCUCAGCACUUCAAGAAAUAAAAAACAAGAGUAAAAACUCUGGCAGUCCACCAUAAUUAUAACCUAAGGACUUUGGAGGUAGUGGUAGAAUGAUGAGGAGUUCAAGGCCAUCCUUGGCUACAUGAAACUGUCUGAAACACAACAAAACCAAACCUAUAGUGAUGGUGCUACAAAGAGAACACAGGAAUAAGAUAAAGCAGUCCCUUUUGAACCUUUGGACAAAACUCCAUAGUAACAAGAACAUAUUGUACAUUUUGUUACACUGAAAAAAGUGUUACAAGAGUGCUUAUCUAUAAUAGGAUAAAAUGUGGCCAUUUUUAAGAAGCUACUAUGUAUGGCAAUGUGGAUACAACUCAAGGAAAUUA